GUGUUUCCGUUUCCCGUUACGGGGCGUGUAAAAAAGAGUAUUUGCCGCGUGCGCUUUGCGCCGUGUUUUCUAAAACAUUUACAACACUAAAGUUUAUUCUUUAUGUUUUUCUAACUCAAUUUAUGCAACUGUAUUUCGAUGAAAAUGGAGGCGUUUAAUCAACUAGUAGUGGAAUAUCCAGAAUUAAUGUACGGUGGAGCAGGAGUAACGGCGUUUGUCGCCGGUGGAGCGCUUAUAUACAAAAUUGCUACCAGGAAGAAGCCAAGCCACGUAACCGUGAACUGCUGGUUCUGCAAUGACAACACCGUGGUGCCCUAUGGAAACAGGAACUGCUGGGACUGUCCUAAAUGUGACCAAUACAAUGGCUUCCAGGAGAAUGGUGAUUAUAAUAAGAUCAUCCCAGCUCAGCACAAAGCGCAUCUAAACCACGGUGUAUCUGGAAAUCUUCUCUCAUCUGAGACACCCAAGACACAACAAUGGGUCAACUGCCAGAUGCUGCUAUGCAGGAAGUGCAAUAACAACCAGUCUGCAAAGAUCAAGCAGCUGGCCUCAUUUAUCCCGAGAGAUGACGAGAAUUAUGAUGAAGAAAUUGAAGCCUACAAGUACCAUUUGGAGCAGACCUACAAGUUAUGCAAGCCAUGUCAAACAGCAGUGGAGUACUACAUUAAAUAUCAGAACCGCCAGCUGCGUACUGUGCUCUUAAACCAUCAGCUUCGACGUACUAGAGACUCUGUAAACAGCUUUGUGAAGAGCUCCAGUUCUGUCUCAUCUCCGGUGGGGGUCAUACUUUUACGAGUCCUUGCCUUCCUGAUUUGUGCUUUCCUAGUUGCUACCUUGUUCUCUGAAUUCCUGGACCUGCCUGCUACUAUUGGUGUCACUUAUCCAAAACCUAAACUCUACAAUGAAUCCACUCUCAAAAACGAAAGUAGCACUGAUGCUCCUGUAUGGCAGGAUCUGCUGAAUCUGCUCCCAGACAAGGCCAUAGAAAAUGCCAAACUGGUGUGGCAGCACGGAAGAGCCAACCAGUUGGCUGUAGUCUCUGUUGGCCUGUUGACUUGUCUCACUGCUAUCUUUCUAGCAGGACCUGGAAGAUUGAGGAGAAUUGAUGCUAUGGCCUCUGUCCUGUGGUUUGUCAUCUUUUGCCUCUACCUGGCUGAGAGCAACUUAACGGGUGCUUCAGGCUGGAUGGACACAGCCAAGAACAGCACCAUCUCUCUCUGUUGCCUAGUCAGCUUUGCCGCUGCUGUUGCAACCCACAAACUACCAAGUCUACGAAGAGGCAAAUAUCGAAGGUACCUUGCAGCCAGCUCUGCUGUCCCCUCUUUCACCCGCCAGCCCCAUUUGCCGUGUCCUGACGUGAUGGACUCCUUCGUCCCCACUCUGCCCCCCAACCUCUCCAAGCUCCUCAACCACCAAAACAAUCCCCGCAAGUGCAGUGAUUCUCCGUCGUCGCUGCCCGGGCGCCUCAGCAGAGCCCUCUCUCUCGGCACCAUGCCUUCUUUCAAAAGGGCAGACUCUGGUUGUCUGUUUAGUGGAAGUAGACCAGCGUCCCUGUACAAAGACUCACCACCCUCAGACUAUUUUUCCCUGAAGUCGGGCAGUUGUCACUCAAGCCCGAGCCCAUCUCCACCUCCUUCAGUAGCUGGGUCAGGUACGUCCAGUUCUGGUUCUGCCAGACAACGCCGUCCCCUCAUCAGCCCUGCUCGCCUCAACAUCUGCAGCCAGAGGGUCCAGCUUUUCUCCACAGCGCCUGAAUUCAAGCUGUCGCCCCCCUCCGUGUCUCUGCUGUAUUCCACUGUUGCAUCGGCAUCUCCUAGUUACAGCGGCUGCGUUUCACCCAACGCUUCACCCUUCCAAAGCCAGAAUGACUUGAAUUUAAUCGACGGUAGUGAGAUUGACAGGGAAGAGCAGAGUGAGAGAGGCAGCUCGUCUGCGUCCUCUGCUUGUCUGGUUGGUACUACAACACAGGGGCUGGACAGCCCCCCUCCUAAAAAAGGAUUUAUGAAGCAGUUCAUCCUACCAGGACUUUUAUUAGCAAGCCUGACUGGCAACAUGCUGUUUGUCAGCCUCUGUAUGUACCACUACUGGACAUGAACUGUACAUGGGUCUGUUCUAGUAACCUGCACAGAGUACUCAGACUCUGAUCAUUGGGCAGUCUGUUUGUGUCUGUCGUCCAGAAAGUCCAGGACCAUAACUUAUUUGGUGGUGCUUCCUCAAAAUGCAGACGCCAGCUGGCAACUGUUCAAAAUGUACCUGCCAUUUGAUUGGAGGUGCAUGAAAACUGUGGGCUGCAAUCGCAUAGUAACUCUAGACAUACUGUAUGUGGUUCAUGACUGCUUAAAAAUGUUUUGGCCGUUUUUAAUCUGGCCUCGUUUUGUCUUUUGAACUAUCCCUGCGUUGGCCACAUUAAUACAGAUGCAUGCGAAAAUGAUUUAAACAUUAAUUCUUGCACCGAUGGCUUUGAAAAAACGUGCAAUAAACAUUGUCUGUUGAGUCUGCGCUGCUCAGAAAUCAUCAUAGUUCGGUCGUGUGGUAGCAGAGGGCGUGCAUCACAUGAACAAAAGAUGGUCGCCAAUAACAACGGAGAUAAAGAAAAGUGUGUUGAGGGGAUAAACCUCCACAGAAGAUAUGGUGAUAAAUCUCCACAGCAUCAGUACAACAGAUCAGUAAAAUAGAUUCAUUUUCUACGCUGGACAUUAAACCCACAGUAUAUAGUGGCAGUUUUUGAAAUUAUGUACCUAUUUUCCACUUUCAUGUUGUCAUAUUUUCACACGACUGGUUAUUGCGGUUUCCUUUCUACAUAUGCUCACCUAUGAAAAAGUGGUGCAUCAAAUCUCGUUAUCUUUGCUGUACAGUUCAGUUUACAGUCGUCAUUUUUGAACUCAUGGUUCACGUCCUGCCGAAGCGAUGCGUGUUUUAAUCCAGAUAUGGUUAGACAUAAUAUUCUGCUGAUAGGCUAGUUUGCUAGGGGUCGAUCUCCUCAGGACCAGUGCAAUAUAAAAAAAAAAUCUUAAUGUUGACAUACUUGAUAAAUGUAUGUAAAAGGCAGGUUCAAGUAAAACACUUCAGGCACAAUGUUUCUCACUUUGGACUUUAUAUUGGACUCGUUUGUGUACUUGUUAUAUUUUGUGUUUGUUGUAUUCCUAAUAUGUGAUGUGCACUUGUUACGUUUGAUGUUUGAUUGUAGUGUGUAAGUUGGGCAUAAAAUGUAAAGUGUGUGCAAAUCAGCUUGUGAAUCACAUAAAUUGCUUGUUUGACUGUUAAUUUUAUUAUGUUUUGCAGUGAUGCCUAGUUGAGGCUGUGUGGGAUGUUAGAGGAAUGUAACUAUUAGAUUAGGUGGUUUAGGGUAGUGUGUGGUUGUUUUUGAGUGCAGUUAUGAAUUACUUUUUUUUUUUAAUUUUCUCAAUAUAAAUGUAACUCAUUUAAAAUUAAGUUCCAGAGAAAUUUGCUACUGAUAAGAAUCUGAAUUAAUUAAUUCUUUGGAAGUCUGUUUUAAGUUGCGGAGGCUUUUCAGCUUUGUGGUGUGUGCUAAAUUAUUGUAAUGUUUUCCUGCUGCUGUGCUAAAUUCUCCUGAAUGUAUUUAUUUUUGUUAGUUUAUAUUUUUAUCACAUGACUCUUUUGAAAAGAAGAAUUGAUCUGUAAUUCUGUCACCAGUAGUUUGAAGGGGUAAUGGUCCACUAUGUCCUGCGACACAACUGCCGUUUUUUUCUGUGAUUGUAUUGAACAUCUCGACUCCAGUUUGCUUCAUCUGGACCAAUACUUUUUGAAUAAAGUUCUUUUGUUUUA